UUUUUUUUUUUUUUUCCAACUUCCAAGUUGUGCUUUUGAUGAUACGUUUCAACCAACCGGAUUGUCGAGUGCGUCGUGCGCGGCUGCUGCGCUUGCUGGCUGUUGCGACGGUGGCUGUGCUCGCCCUGUGUGCCGUCGGUGGCCGUGGUGGUGGUGGUGGUGUGCUCGCGUACACGGAAGUUCGCUUGAACGGGCGAGAUUGGACGCUUUCGAACGGCGCGAACGUCACCUUCAGCGGCGCGUCUGUGCCCGGCAAUGUGCACGUCGAUCUGCAGGACGUGGCCAAGGUGAUUAGCGACCCGUACUAUCGCUUCAACGAGGCUGCGUACCGCUGGAUUGCGAUGGACACUUGGACGUACUCGAAAUCGUUCGCAAUGACCGCCGUCACGCUGCAGGAGAAGCAGUACUGGCUGACCCUCGAGGGCGUCGACACGGUCGCCUCGAUCAUGAUCAACGGCAAGACCAUUGCGUCCGUCCAGUCGCAGCACUUGCGCCACGGCAUUGCGGUCGACCGCGGCGUCUUUGUGCUCGGGUCCAACCAGAUCAAGAUUGCCAUUUCGUCCGCAGUCAACUACGCCUCCCAGCAGUCCCAGGCGUACCCGUAUGUCGUGCCAGACAGCGGCCAGCUUGGCAGCUUCCCGCACGCAAACUUCAUCCGCAAGGCCCAGUCCGACUUUGGCUGGGACUGGGGUCCCGCGUUCGCUCCGCCGGGCAUCAAUGGCGGAAUCUACUUGCAAGGCUUCUCAGAUUGUCUGAUUGACGCGUUCGGCGUGUCGCAGCUCUUCCAGGCAGGCGCACGGCCACCGCACCGGUCCCCUGCGCACGAUGGCAGCCGAUCGCAUGCUGAGCAGGCGUACGCUGGUUUCGACGCGAACGGUGCUCAACAACAACAAGAGCAGGACGAGCAAGGCGUGUUUCCGGGCAAUAGCGAGUCGGAUCACGAUGCCUCGCUUGCUGAAGCACGUCGUCUUGCGGCAUCGCCAGUGACGCUCAUCAUUUCAGCGACAUUGCUGUCGGCUGCAGACAAGGUUGCGGCCGUGCUCUACGUCGCCAUCGACCAAGUCACGGCAACGACGGUGCCCAUUUUCCUCGACCAUGGCGUCAACAACGUCGAGACAACCGUGAACAUUGCCUCGCCCAUCUUGUGGUGGCCCGUGGGCUAUGGUGCGCAGCACCUGUACAACAUCACCCUCACUCUGUACCCGUUGAAGGCCGAUCCUGCCGAUAUUGACGCGCUGGUUGCUCGACCGCUUCGUCCCGAAGACACCUCGAGCGAUGGCAGCGUGACGAAUGCUUCUCCCCUGCACGAGAUGCCAUACUAUGCGCGCUCCCGUUCGAUUGGCGUUCGCUCGGUCCAGCUCGUCGAAGAGCCGCUUGCCAACCAAACCGGCCUGUCGUUCUACUUUGUCAUCAACGGUCUGGCCAUUUACGCCAAGGGCGCCAAUUGGAUUCCUGCAGAUGCCUUCCACACCCGCGUCACGCCUGCCAAGAUCAACCAUCUCCUGCAAAGUGCCGUUGCCGCAAACAUGAACAUGGUCCGCGUCUGGGGCGGCGGCAUUUACCAGCCCGAAAUUUUCUACGACCUGUGCGACCAGAAGGGCCUGCUCGUUUGGCAGGAGCUCAUGUUUGCCUGCGCCCUGUAUCCGCGCAGUGCCAUCUUUACGUCUCUCGUCACUGUCGAGGUCCAGCAGCAAGUCCAGCGCCUGUCUACUCACCCCUCAAUUAUCAUUUGGGGCGGCAACAACGAGGUCGAAGCUGCGCUCAACUGGUACGACGUGCCGAAUGUCGCACCGCAAGUGUACUCGGUCGACUAUUGGCAACUCUUUGCCGACGUCGUCCGCACUGCUGUCUUGAAGGCCGAUCCCAACCGCCCGUUUGUCGACUCGUCGCCAUCGAAGGGCUUGCUGUCCGAAUCUCCUUAUGUGAAGCGCUGGGGUGAUGUCGGCGGCACGGCCUAUGGCGAUGUGCACUUUUACGACUAUGCCGACGAUUGUCAGAGCGUUGCCAUUUACCCUCAGGCACGCUUUGUCUCCGAGUUUGGCUUCCAGAGCUUCCCUUCAUUCCAGACAUGGCUUGCAGUCACCACAAGCGAGGAUUGGAGCUACGAUUCCGCGCUGAUGCAGUUCCGUCAGCGCCAUCCCCAGGGUACCGACCAGCUCGUUGCUCAACUCAAGCGCCACUUCCGCACGCCGACCCCGAAUGCGACCAGCGAUCAGGCCACGCAGCAAGAGCAUUUCGAGCAAUGGUGCUAUCUUACUCAAAUCCAGCAGUCGCUUUGCUAUGAGACUGCCAUUUCAAACUGGCGUCGCUUGAAGGGCGAGGAUGCGCACACCAUGGGUGUUUUGUAUUGGCAGCUGAAUGAUAUCUGGCAAGGACCCACCUGGUCAUCGAUCGAGUGGUCGGGUCGCUGGAAGAUGCUUCAUUACCAUGCCAAGAGGUUUUUCGCACCAUUCAUGGUUUCCAGCUAUGUGGACGCGUCAAACAGCCUGCAUGUUCACGUCACUAGCGAUCUGCUGACGGCAGAGUCGGGAUCCGUCGUGCUCGAACUUCGUGCAUACUCGACCGGCGCCUUGGACUCCAGCUCGUCUGUGAGCUUUUCGGUGGGAGCGCUCGGCAGUGUUGAAAUCUACGCCGAUGCUGUCUCGAACUUGCUCAAGAAGAGCGGCUGCACCAUCACGAGCUGCUUUGUGCGAAUGCUGGGCGAGACCAACAGCGGCCUCAACGUGACUGCGCACGCCUUCUUGGCUGAAUUCUCGCAAGUCACCUUGCCCCAGCCCACUAUUACCAUCACCUCUGUGAGUCUGGUGAACAGCACGGUGGCUGAGGUUCGUCUCAGCGCAUCAACGGUCGCCCUGUUUGUCUUCAUUGAGACCACCAUUGUCGACGCUGGGUACUUUUCCGACAAUGGCUUUACGCUCCUGCCUAGUGAAGUGGCGGUCUUGACCUUUACAUCGACGACCCCCUUGGAUCUUUCCGCCUUCUCAAACUCGCUGCAUGUGCGAUCACUGCGUGACACGUACUAGAACUGCACUUCCUUCAAUAGACCGUCCACUGCAAAACUGUUGUUUGAGCGGAUGAAAAAAUACAUUGCUUUUGUUGUUGUGACAAUCCAUACACGGGACGACGUUGGUGGG